AUGGUGACUGAAAGAAUUGUCUUAGGCCACAAAGUAUCUAAAGCUGGGUUGGAAGUUGAUGAAGCCAAGAUAGAUGUCAUAGCUAAACUUCCACCAACAUCAAAUGUUAAAGCUCUACGAAGUUUUCUAGGGCAUGCUGGCUUCUAUCGAAGGUUCGUUAAAGGAUUUUCUCAAGUUGCGCGACCUCUCAGUGCAUUACUAGAGGCGAAUCGGCUUUACAAUUUCAAUGAAGACUGCUGUGACACGUUUGAAACAUUGAAAUAUGCAUUGACUACAACUCCGGUACUAAUAGCACUGGAUUGGAUGCAACCUUUUAUUCUCAUGUGCGACGCGAGUGAUGUUGCAAAAUUUGAUAUUGAUAUUCAGGACAGAAAGGGAACCGAGAAUCAGGUGGCUGACCACUUAUCCAGGCACAAGAUCGCUACUGCCUACCACCCACAAACAAAUGGUCAAGCUGAGAUAUCCAAUAGGGAAAUAAAAUCUAUCCUGGAGAAAGUUGUCAACGCAUCGCAGAAAGACUCGACACGGAUGCUAGAUGAAGCGCCCUAG